AUGGAGAGGCACGAGCAGUACGAGCGCGUCUUCACCCGCUUCGACUCCGACGGCGACGGAAGGAUCUGCCCCGCGGAGCUCUGGCGAUGCGUCGGCUCUAUGGGCGGCGAGAUGACGGCCGAGGAGGCGGAGGCCGCGGUGGAGCUGAUGGAUUCCGACGGGGACGGACUCCUCUGCCUGGACGACUUCCUCAGGAUUGUGGAAGGCGCCGGGGAUGAGGAGAAGGCGGGAGAUCUGAAGGCGGCGUUCCAAAUGUAUGUGCAGGAGGGAGGCGCGUGCAUCACACCCAAGAGCCUGAGGAGGAUGUUGAGCAGGCUGGGGGAGAGGAAGAGCGUGGGCGAGUGCAGGAAUAUGAUCGCUCGAUUUGAUCUCAACGGCGAUGGGGUACUCAGCUUCGACGAGUUCAGGCUCAUGAUCCACAGAGACAUCGCCAAAGUCCGGCAACCGUCCGCCGACGAGCUCCGGCGUUGGCUUCAGCACGCCACAUCGGAGGACAUUCUCCACCGCCGUCGACAGACAAGCCAGUUCAUGGUCUGGAGGACGCAGAAUAAUCCGCUCGCAAUGGUAACGGACCUCCUUGCGGCUUUGAAUCCGACGACACCAACCGGCGAACACAAAAUCAAAAUCGGGAUGAUGCCUCGACCGAUGAAGAAUUUGCAGUUCUCGACACGUCGGGGCGGAGCACUGGCGGGAAAGACGGGGCUGAGGGCUAGGGCGGUUCAACUACGAUCCAAGAUGCUGCCAAAAAGGAACGACCCAGCCGACGACAGACGGGAUGCGGCGAUCGAAGCCCUAACUCGCCAGAACGAGUUGCUGGGGCGCGAUAUGGCGGACCUAACAGCGGGCAUGGAGGAUAUCCGGGAGGCCCUGCAGCUGCUGAUGCGACGCGACCAAACGAACCGCGACGGGCCCGACAAUCGGGACGGCGGUUGCGGUGGGCAGCGUGGGGGCCGUGGGGGUCGCGGCCACGCGAGUUUUGCAACGCCCUGGCGGCCCUUCCUCGUCUUCAGCAGUACCCAACCGGUCGUCUGUCAAGGGUGGUCGCGGUAG